UCUUUUUGGCAAAAAAUUCUUGUAAUUUUUGAGUGCUGAGCUCACAGUGCCCGCUCGAUGCCAGCAACACCCAAUUGAUUGACGGGUUGUAAACACAUUUUCCGCUGGCAGAUUUUGUUGUUGUUUCCCUCACCCCCAUUUUCUAGGGAAUGUGUGAUGCUUAAGCCAACAAAACUGCAAAGCAAUUAAUAGAUUUGCGAGUUGUGCCGCUUGCUGCUCACUGGGUCUCCGGCCUCAGGGCCUCGUUGCCUCACCACUCGGGCCAGAAUCCAGAGCUGUCCCAGACAGGAGCAGCCGCUGGCCCUGCAGAUGAAGCCGGCAGCUGGCCCCGCCUUGAGAGCCGCAGCCUGGCUCUCUGGUCGUCCCCAGCCGUCAGGAGCGCCCUACCUGUUAGUGAACAGUCGGGUGCCGGCUGCUGGAAGAAUUAAUUAGGGGCAUGCUGUUUUCUGGGCAGCUCAGAGCUUGGCUGGAAACGUCCAAACCAUUGCUGGGGCCCGUGCUAUUUUAUUUUUACUACAUUUUCUCAGAUUGAAAAAAAAAAUAGACGCUUGGUCACGUUCUUCCAGAGUUUUCUAGCAAGAAGCGAGCCCUGGGCGGAGUCUAGAGUAGGUUUCUGUUUAAACGGUCAGUCGGAGGAGAGGUGUGAAGUGUGGUCUGGCUGGGUUCUCAUUCAUCUAUAUUAGGAGUCCUUCAUCCCAAGAGGGGACAGGGGCGGUCUUAACACAGAUAGAUGAGGCCCACUGCAGCCUGAAGCAGAGUACUGGCUGAGGGCUUCCCCCCACCCCGAGCAAGUAGCUCUCAGCAGUCAGGCUGGACCAAAACGCACCCCUUGUCAUUUGGGCAGGAAUGUGCUUGUGUCUGGUGUGUUUCGUGCAAAGACAGUUAACUCCUCUGGGACUUUUCUGUAUACAGUGGCUGACAAGGGCUUCGGUGAGAGUCAGGCCACCAUAUGUGAGGUUUGGGAAUUUAAAUGCAGCAACUGUGAGCACUAUAACCAGAAUAAUUAAUAACAGAUGAUAUUUAUUUAUUUAUUUUAUUUAUAUUUGCUACAUCCAUUUCAAUAACCUUUGCCCUAUUGGCAAAGAUUAUUUUUGGCGGGGAUCUCAUGCUGGCGGGCUCAGAUUCGUCCAUGAUGUAGCAAACGCCUGGGAAUACACUAGAGUCUGGGAGUCAUAUGUUUCUAGACGCAGCACUCCUAUUAGCUAUAUUUAUUUUAGCUUUUAAAUGAUUACUUCGGGCUUAAAAUAGAUGCUGCCCUCCUAAAAUGAUUGCAAACUGUUGGCCUUGGUCAGAAAAUCUAGCACAACAAAACACUCUGAUUCCCCUGGAAGCCUUGGACAUCCUAGUUUCUGGCUAUUAACUCAUUUAAUUCAUGAUUUCACAUUGUGCAGAUGACUGGGGAGCAGACUGCUGGUUGCCCUCAGAGACCUCCCUCUUGGGCUGCAGCAGUAGGGACAGUCUCCUCUGUUGUAUGCUCAUGGCCUCCUUUAACAACUUGGACAUUUUGGCUGGUCUGACCCAGUAUGUUAGAGCCACCAUUAAACCUUGGCUCUUGGGAAUGCUUGAAAAAGUUCCUCAUUCUCAAGAAGGACACUAAACAAACAUCCUCACAAAUGAUGAGGAGGUACACCACCUUUUUAAUAGUGUGCCCAUCUCUAAACCUGGAACUCUCGUAUUAAUUAAAAACAAAAUAGCCCAGCUUUCUCUGGAGAUCUUGCUAAUGCAAUCCUUUGUGUGUGUGUAUGUGCACGCGCGCAUUUUGCUAGAUAUCUUUUGUUCUUAUAUGUCUCUAACCCACACACCCCCCUUUUAAUUUGUUGCAGGUGUUGCUGCUAACGAACGCAGCCUCGCUCUUCUCCCUUUACAAUGAAAGCCAGGCCAGAGCCCACGUACCUGGAGGUAGUGAAAGCUGAAGCCUCAGGAAUUUCCCAAUAAGUGGCCAAUGGCUACUAGCCAAGGCUGGAGGGCCGUUACGCAGUCGUGUUGAGCACACCACACAUUGAGGGCCCUUUAAAGACCUGGAUUGAUUGGAAGGACAAAAAUUAAAAGCAAUCUGAUCCAGUCCCAUGACGGAUCCCUUUGGAUUUCCUCCUUAUCCCAUUUCCAUCCACUGUCACAAUUUGAGAGUCUGCCCAAUUUGAUCAGCUUCACCUCCAGGGGAAGUGUAACGCCAAGGUUAGGAGGACGCCAAGUUACAGGCAACUUUUUGAUCUGCCCAUCAGCAGCCUGAGAAACGCUGGCUCUGGAUUUUCCGUAUCGGCCAUUUGGAAAACACAAGCUUCCACCAUUGGCAAACCUGCAGUGCUCAAGUCUGAUACAUCCCAGCCACCGUUGCCUAGUAGAUGUAGCAUUUCCAUGCUGAAGCCCCGAGUGCCCCCUGACCCCACCACCACCUCUCCAGUGCCCUUCUGGGCCCCACCCAUUCUGACUGUACAGCCAUGCUGCACCUGCUGGCCCUCUUCCUGCACUGCCUUCCGAUGGCCUCUGGGGACUAUGACAUCUGCAAAUCCUGGGUGACCACAGAUGAGGGUCCCACCUGGGAGUUCUACGCCUGCCAGCCCAAAGUGAUGCGUCUGAAGGAUUAUGUCAAGGUGAAAGUGGAGCCCUCAGGCAUCACGUGCGGAGACCCCCCUGAAAGGUUCUGCUCCCAUGAGAACCCCUACCUGUGCAGUAACGAGUGCGAUGCCUCCAACCCCGACCUGGCCCACCCACCCCGGCUUAUGUUUGACAGGGAAGAUGAGGGACUGGCCACCUACUGGCAAAGUGUCACGUGGAGUCGCUACCCCAGCCCACUGGAGGCCAACAUCACCCUCUCAUGGAACAAGAGUGUGGAGCUGACGGACGAUGUGGUGAUGACUUUCGAGUAUGGCCGGCCCACUGUCAUGGUCCUCGAGAAGUCCCUAGACAAUGGCCGCACCUGGCAGCCCUACCAGUUCUAUGCGGAGGACUGCAUGGAGGCCUUCGGCAUGUCUGCCCGCCGAGCCCGAGACAUGUCACCCUCUAGUGCCAACCGGGUACUCUGCACGGAGGAGUACUCACGCUGGGCAGGGUCCAAGAAGGAGAAGCAUGUGCGCUUCGAGGUAAGGGACCGCUUUGCCAUCUUUGCCGGCCCUGACCUGCGCAACAUGGACAACCUGUACACGAGGCUGGAGAGCGCCAAGGGCCUCAAGGAGUUCUUCACCUUCACUGACCUGCGCAUGCGGUUGCUCCGCCCUGCGCUGGGCGGCACCUACGUGCAGCGGGAGAACCUCUACAAGUACUUCUACGCCAUCUCCAAUAUCUACAUCAUCGGCAGGUGCAAGUGCAACCUGCACGCCAACCUGUGCACAGUGCGAGAGGGCAGCCUGCAGUGUGAGUGUGAACAUAACACCACAGGCCCUGACUGUGGCAAGUGCAAGAAGAACUUCCGGACACGGGCCUGGCGAGCUGGCUCCUACCUGCCACUGCCCCACGGCUCUCCCAACGCCUGUGCCGCUGCGGGCUCCGCCUUUGGCAGGCAGACCAAGCCACCUGCUGUUGCCCCCCUUGGGGACAGCUCCUUCUGGCCCCAGGUGUCCAUCAGUGCAGAAGCUGUGGCUACCUCGGCUGCUGCCCCCUCCCAAGCCAAGGGCUCUACACUUUUCCAGCUCAAGCCCAGAUCUCCUCAAGUGAUACCCAUUGAAGAAUUUCAAGACUGUGAGUGCUAUGGCCACUCCAACCGCUGCAGCUACAUUGACUUCCUGAACGUGGUGACCUGCGUCAGCUGCAAACACAACACCCGAGGCCAGCACUGUCAGCACUGCCGCCUAGGCUACUACCGGAACGGCUCUGCCGAGCUGGACGACGAGAACGUCUGCAUUGAAUGUAACUGUAACCAGAUCGGCUCUGUGCACGACCGGUGCAACGAGACGGGCUUCUGCGAGUGCCGAGAGGGAGCGAUGGGACCCAAGUGCGAUGAUUGCCUCCCCACGCACUACUGGCGCCAGGGAUGCUACCGUGAGUAG